CAGAAACGUCAGAUGUCCCGAUGAUUGUUUUUGGCCGAAAAGCCGAUUGUUUUCAUGAAUUUAAGACCAUAACACAUGCUAGGCAAUCUGUUAUUUUAUUAACUCUUCAGUUGUUUAAAAUAUAGUAUUUAUUUGAUUUAAACUAACACCAAAAUGUCUUCAGAGGAGUGUGAAAAGCUGCACGAGAUGUAUAAAUCUCUGUAUGACGAAGUGAAGUUGAUGCCUGAACGGGUUCAGAGGUGUCAAGGAGAGGAAAGGAAGAGGAUGGUCAGAGUCUUUGAUGAGCGUGUUGGAGAGGCUGAAGAAGUGCUUCAGGGCAUGGAACAGGAGCUGUUUGGUGCUCCAGCAUCCUUCCGGAAUGCCAUGUCUAUGAAGAUUCGAAUGUACCGCAAAGAUUUGGCCAAACUGCAGAGAGACAUAAGGAGCUCAGCUGGAGCAUCAGGGUUCUCCGGCUACCUUGGAGACAGCAGACAAGGGAUUUAUAUGCCAGAGAAUGACCAGAGUACACAUCUUCAGUCCCAGCGUGCUUUGCUCAUCCAGGGGACAGAGUCUCUCAAUAAUGCCUCAAAGAGCAUUGAACGAAGUCAACAGAUCACAGCAGAGACAGACCAGGUUGGCACGGACAUCAUUGAGGAGCUAGGAGAACAGAGAGAACAAUUGGACCGCACCAGAGUCAGACUGGUUCACACCGGAGAGAACCUGAGCCGCAGCAGAAAAAUCCUGCGUGCAAUGUCCCGACGACUGAUGACUAACAAACUGCUAUUGACAGUCAUUAUCAUCAUGGAAGUGGCCAUCCUAGGGGCAGUGGUCUACCUUAAGUUCUUCCGCAAGUAGGCGAUAAGGCUGUAAAAGGCAACUCUACAUCUCCCUUUUCUUCCUGAUGUUCACUGGUGUCUGGCCUGGUGACAAUGUGCUGGAAACUUUCGUGACUGUAAGUGUCACAUGUACGUGUAUGGGUGUUUAUUUUAAGCACUAAUUGUAUUAGCAUAAGUACUGCUCUCAAGGGGGGAAGAAGAUGGUGACCAUGCCAUCAAUGGUACUUUCAGUAUGCUAGGGGAUCAGGACCUGAUCUGAAGAGAAGAGGUGGCGUAACCCUCCCAAACGGGCUUAAAUAAGGUGCCAAAUCUGCCCAAUGUCAAGUGGAUAGACAGAUGGAUGGAAUAAAUUAAAGAUCCUGUGAAAGGAGAGAAAAUAUAUACUGUAUAUAUAUAUAUAACUUAUCUAUAUUUUUACUGUACCUCAACCACUUUAACUAAUGAAACAAUGUAACUUUUUUUUAACUAAAUGGAAUUUUGAAAUUUCAACAGAAUAUGUUGUUUAUUUGACCUUUUUAUAGUUGUCACAUUGUAUUAAAUCAACAGCUUCUGGGAUUCGUC